AGUAAUGACGCUUUGUAAGUUAAUAAUUAAUGCAGAUAUAGAUACUUUUUAUUUGUGUAUAGUUCAAAGAAAACUGUAUAAAAAAUAUUAACACAAAACCAAUACCUUAUUGUUUUUAGAAAUGAAGAAAUAAUACUUUUAUUUCAUUUAAGCUGUAUAAAAUUAGCAUGCUUUUAAUUACUUUGUUAAAUUGCUACUUUAGGAAGUUUGUAAUAUGAUUAGGUUUUCUUCAGAAUAUCAUUAUUUUUACAAUAAAUAAUGUUAGUUUGUGAAUUAUUAGGCCAAUGUUUUGGAAAAUAUAGUAAUAAAAAUUCUUAGGCUUUUGUCUAAGUCAGCAAGUCUCAAUUUCUUGUAAGUUAGGGUGCACAACACGUGAUGUUCGAACUCCAGUUUAAAAAAAAAACUAGAGACUGUAAGAAGGCAUAAGUCUUAUGUCUGUGUCAUGUUAUUUGUGUAUUUAUUGUGAAUUUAUUUAAUUGAUUCAUGUGCUAUAUGACAUUUAGCUUUUACCUCUUAUUGAUUUGUGUGUCCACAGUGAUAUUAUGAUACGAAUUAAAUAACUGUACACUUCAAAUUUAAAAUAAUUCGAUGCAUGAAUACUCAUGCAUACUCUGCAAUGAGUCAUUAUGGCAGUACUACAGCCCCUUGUUCGUGACAUGGAAGAUUGGAAAAGAUAUGCGCCUUAGAGGUUGUAUAGGUACAUUUAACGCUAUGCAGUUACAUACAGGAUUAAGAGAAUAUGCUACUACAAGUGCUUUUAAAGAUUCUCGAUUUAAUCCAAUAACAAGAGAUGAAUUUUCCAAAUUGCACGUUAGUGUUUCAAUUUUACGAAAUUUUGAAGAUGGCAUAGAUUACUUAGAUUGGACUAUUGGUCUUCAUGGAAUAAGAAUAGAAUUUCACAAUGAAAAAGGCAGUAAAAGAACUGCAACUUAUUUACCGGCUGUUGCAACUGAACAAGGUUGGGACCAAAUUCAAACAAUUGAUUCAUUAUUGCACAAAGGAGGCUAUAAAGGAUUGAUAACACCCGAUGUUCGACGAAGUGUGAAACUUACCAGAUAUCAAAGUGAAGAAAUUACUGUUAGUUAUCAAGAUUAUAUGAAAAAUUGGUAUAAUCUGCGCUGCUAACACUUGAUCAAGGAGUCCAAAAUUUUUAUAAUAAUACAUUUCGUAUUCUUACUUUUAUUCUUGUCUUUUGACUGUGUCUAAACUAAAAUCUAAGUCUAACUAAAAUCUUUAUUUUAACUAAUAAUUAAUUAUUAGUUAAAAUAAAGAUUUUAGUUAUCAAGAUUAUAUGAAUAAUUGGUAUAAUCUGCGCUGCUAACACUUGAUGAAGGAUUCCACAAUUUUUAUAAUAAUACAUUUCGUAUUCUUACUUUUAUUCUUAUGUCUUUUGACUGUGUUUAAUUAUUAAUUAAAAUAAAGAUUUUGUUUUAAGAUUCUAA